CUGAGAGAGGGUCGCAUAAAUUCGAAAGAAGCAUAACACCUAAAUCCCACCUAACAGCCCUAGACGCGCCACACACACACACCGUGUACGAUGCAGUUCGUGCAGUCAUCGUUGAGCGUGCUGCUGGUGUUGCUGGCGUUGCUGUGCCACGAAAACAAAUUCCAUCGCUGGAAGGCGAACGCGGCCAUCAGCGCAUUCCAGCCGACCUUCUUCGACAACGAGCGGUGGCGCGUCGUCUUCCAUCUCUACCGGAACGUGACGAUGAUGAUGGCCGGCCGGACCGGCCUCAAGACGACCGGCAAGUUCCUGCAGAGCAAAAUCCCCGACCGGGUGCCGUUCCCGUGCGACGUUACGGUCGGUCGCAGCCCCGAACCACCGACCAGCGUCCACAAGCUACGUCCAGGUGACAUAAACGUGGUGGCAGCGAUCGGUGAUUCGGUCAUCACGGCGAGCGGUGCAUCGGCCACCAGCUUCCUGCAGCUGUACACGGAAAACCGGGGCCUCUCCUGGUGCAUCGGUGGCCAGUGGGGCUGGCGAAAUGCCACCACGCUCCCGAACAUACUCAAAAUGUUCAAUCCCAAGCUCGUUGGCUAUUCGUAUCGUGAUUCGUACAGCUUCCACUGGGACUCACAGUUCAACAAUGCCGAGAUCGGAGCCGUCUCGAAGGAACUACCACACAUGGCGGCCCAGAUGGUGACCCGGAUCCGGAACGAUGCGCGCGUCAACUUCCAGAAGGACUGGAAGCUCCUAACGAUCACGAUUGGUGGUAACGAUAUCUGUGCGUACGUCUGUACCCUGCAGGAUCCGGAAUCGUUACCGAUGCGCCAUCGGCGCUCGCUCCUUAAGAUGCUGCGCUAUCUGCGGGACAAUCUACCGCGGACGCUCGUCAACAUCGUCUCGGUACCGGACGUUUCGACCGUCGUUUCGGUGAAGAAGAAACCGAUGAUCUGCUGGAUCCUGCACCAUGCCGAGUGUCCGUGCUGGGUCGGUCCGAUGCACAACUCUACCAAAGAAUCACGAGCCAGAUGGGCUCGCAUACAAACCCAGUACCGUAAGGUGGAGGAAGAGGUGGCCAUGCUGGAUGAGUUCCGGGGGCUGGACGAGUUCGCGGUCGUACACCAGCCGUGGACGAGAAACCUGUCGCUGAUGAAGGGUAAAGAGAUGGACUACACGCUCCUAUCCUACGACUGCUUCCACAUGAGUCAGAAAGGCCACGCACAAGCGGCGGUGGCCUACUGGAACAAUCUGCUGGAACCGCCGGGCAAGAAGAGCACGGGCUGGAAACCGGGCAUCGAGGUGUUCCGCUGUCCGACGAAGGAGUCACCCUACAUCUACACCUACGACAACAGCUAGAGACCUUACCGCCGCCGAGACGCCUCGCCGUCAGUUAUGGAGGGAAUUUAGCGGGGAUAUUCCUUUAAA